AUGGCGUGUAAACAGAAUUUAACGAUUAACGAAGUUUUGUGCUAUUUAUCAAAUAAUUACGAGUUUUUGAAUAAUGAUAUAUUUAUUAAUAAUGCGUCCGACUUCUAUAGCUCGGAAGAAAUCUCGGCUGCCCUCAAACUGAUCAAACACGACGUCAAUCUCCUAAAGAUUGAUGUUAACUUCGAUACACCACGUGGUCCUAAAAAGAAAGACAAAAGAGACAAACUACGCAAAACCAUUCGCUAUUUAGGGCUAGUCCGCGAAAAAAAAUUAUCAACAGAGCUUCCCACAUACGUUAGCUCUAACUUACGGGUACCUAAUAACGACUCUAUUCUUAAAUUUAACUUCAAUGAAAUCAAAAGCAACAUAUGCAAUAUGCUGCACAAUCAGCAACUUUAUCUAUGCAGCAUGCUGAACGCAGCUCCUCGAGUUCAUAAAAGUGAACUUAACAAUACCAACAACACUCAAUUUCAAUUGUAG